AUGGUGUUAUAUGUUCCUUGUAUCUCAUCUUCCACUUCGUUCAUCUCAUCUUCAACCUCACUCUCAACAUCAUCAUGUUCAUCUCCAGUUUACGAGUCGACUACGUGUUAUUCUCAACCAAUUCCACUCAGGUCCCAAGCAUCUUGCGAUGAUUCGUUGUCAACUUCAACCCUUUCGUCUUCUGUCGAAUCACUAAGCUCUCUGAAGUCAACCUGCUCUUCUCGUUGGUCGGCUGAAAGAGAAGCUGAACGUGCCGAAAAAAGACGUCUUUUGAAUGGCAGUCUGACCAAGUUGCGCAGCAACAACAAUUUGCCGUUGCGUAAGCAUCUCCUCGUCUUCAAUUCCAUUAAGUAUCUCCAGCGCGAGCUCGAUUUGCUUGACGACGAAGAACUUUACUGCUCCCUGAUGUCAUCAUCAGAUGAGGCCAUGGAGGUGGAUGAAAGGCGCUGGCUGGCGCCCACGGCCCAGCAGGCGCCCCAGACAGUAGCCGAGGAGCCCGCACCUCCCGUCGUAGAGGAGCGCGAGGCGCCAGCCGUCGUCAAUUCAAGCUCUUCGAACAACAACAAGGCUGAUGAGACGGAUAUGGAGAUAGGAGAGAACAAGACUUUCAACGAAGGGAAAAAUGGUUCGGAAUACUGGGGUUGGACAAUGAACUCCAAAAUGACUGCCAAGAAAGAUCCACAGUCGUGCGAUCUAUUCGAUUCCAUGGAGGAAGCUCUUAACAUCACGAGCGGCUGGAGUUGGACCUCUUCCGAAUGGCCAGUUUUCAAUAAUACCUUCGAAAAUAUUGGCUGUAACGGUUUGUCAACUGGUGGAUCUUCCUUCGGUGGAAGCUCCCCUGUAAGAUCUCAUUCGAACUUUGAUGAGGACACCUGGACUCCUUUGAGCGACUUUUCCGAUCCGUUUGCUAGCUGUCUGAGUCGUUUCGAGCUUCAGCAUCUGUUCCCAUCGCAGUUGCUUCUCCAAGCAUGA